AUGAAAUGCAAAGUGGGGUCCACCGGUGGACCCCAUCGUGGUGAAUGUGUUAAAAAAUCAUUAAUGAUGACAACUAAUCCUGACAUGUUGGAAGAGUGUGCUCAAAUCGUCGCCAAUGCACGACAUAUAGUUUGCUUUACUGGUGCAGGUAUGUCGACAGAAUCUGGAUGGUUUGGUACACCAAUCGGUUGGAAAUGGACUCCUGGCUUUGCUUGA